UGUUUAUGUGUCAAAUUGGUCGACAUAAAAAUAUAUCAGCAAAACAACAAAUUGCACGAAGAUGUUACAAAACUUAGUUUACGGUUUAUUGCUGUAACCAUUCCGUAGUUUUUAGCAUUAAUUAUUGUGGGGAAAGUACUUGCAUAAGUGUUAAUUCAAGACAACGCGGUAGAUCGGAGAUUGUAGUUCUGCACCCAUUACUUCUUGUCCGCUGUUCCGUUGCGAUUGGUGCGGCAUAACGAUGAUGUUCCGAUUGCGAGUCAAAAUUUUCUACGUCUACAUCAUUAUUUCGUUCGUAUUUAGUGUGUAUUUGUUUUAUUUGAUCUCGAAAUAUUCGUUUGAAAAGUUUAUAAACUACCAUCGACAUGUGCGGAGCAACAAAUUUCCCGACCGUCCACGGAUACCGCAGAUUGUAGGGCACUAUGUAGGCGUUGGGACGGUGGGGAACCUGUCGAAAGAUUUCAUGAACACGAACAACUUCGAUCCGAUACCGGGCGUUGGUGAACGUGGCGAUCCGGUUGUGAUACAGGCGAAGGAUCUGCUAAAGAUGCAACAGUUGUUUCAGAUCAAUCGUUACAAUCUGCUCGCUAGCGACCGGAUCGCACUGAACCGUAGCCUUCAGGAUGUGCGAAAACCGAAAUGUGUUUCGAAGCAGUAUCCCGCCAAACUGCCAACCACUUCGAUUAUAAUCGUAUUUCACAAUGAAGCAUGGUCCGUUCUGCUGCGCACCGUCUGGAGUGUGAUCAAUCGCUCACCGAAAGGGCUAGUGCGGGAGAUACUGCUUGUGGAUGAUGCUAGUGAUCGACGGUUUCUAAAGCACGAGCUCGAUAACUACGUCCAGAAACUUCCGAUCUCGGUUACCAUACUGCGUUUGAACCAACGCGAAGGUCUCGUUGCGGCAAGACUGCUAGGUGCAAGGAUGGCAACGGGCGACACACUUACCUUCCUCGACGCUCAUUGUGAAUGUUCACCUGGUUGGCUAGAACCACUGUUGGCCCGUGUACAAGAAAACCCCAAAAAGGUGGUCUGCCCGGUGAUCGAUAUCAUCUCGGAUGAUAAUUUUUCGUACAUUAAAAGUUUCGAGUUUCAUUGGGGUGCGUUUAACUGGCCGCUGCACUUCCGGUGGUAUGCGUUGAGCGAUGAGGAGCUGGCAGAACGUAGAAAGGACACCACGACGCCAUUCCGUACGCCAGCAAUGGCGGGCGGAUUGUUUACGAUCGACCGAAAGUACUUUUUCGACAUUGGUGCGUACGAUGAGCGGCUGAAGAUUUGGGGUGGCGACAAUUUGGAGAUGUCCUUCCGUGUGUGGCAGUGUGGUGGUGAGGUGGAAAUUGCCCCUUGCUCGCACGUUGGCCAUCUGUUUCGCAAAAGUUCGCCGUACACCUUUCCUGGUGGUGUUAGUGGUAUUCUCAAUGAAAAUCUGGCCCGGGUCGCUCUAGUAUGGAUGGAUGAUUGGGCAAAGUUUUUCUUUAAGUUUAACAAGGGUACCGAGGAGUUCAAAAGCUUGAACGUGUCAAAUCGGCUUGCACUUAAGCGCACCCUAAACUGCAAAUCAUUCGAUUGGUACCUGAGGCGAGUUUGGCCACAAAAUUUCUUCCCCGCACCGAACAAAUUUUUCGGUCGCAUUCAACCGAUCGACCUCACGUCAACGUUCGACUACCAGGAGUACCUCACGCUGAUGAAGAAGAUUAAUCUCAUAAUUAAGAACUUGAACCCCGAGCUGAAGUGGAAAUUUCUCAUCAAAUACCUCACGGAGAAUGUGAAACGGAUCGGUGACUCGAUGAAGGCGGCCAAACACAGCCCCUACUGUCUGCACAAGCCGAAAACGAACACGGCCGUUAAUCAACCGUACGGGCAAGCGUACCUGCAAAAGUGUUCGCUGCUGAUCAACGUGCUCGACGAACAGUUCGUUAUUGAUGAUUACGGGCGCGUCAUGACGGAUGAAGGAAUCUGUCUGGAUUCCUUCCGCAAGACCAGCAUCGAUGGGGAGGAACUGGUGGAGGGUGCGCGGAAAAUAAAGAUGGUUACCUGUGGCAGCCAGAAACCGAAUCAGCGCUGGGUGUAUGAAACGGAUACAUACCAUCUGAAAAACAUUGGCGAAGAUGCGGAAUGUCUCGAACGGAGUGCAACGCUGAUAAGGGAGGAUGGGGAGGAUAAGUAUGAACUGUUUCUGGGACCGUGUGAUGUGCGGAAUGAGCUGCAGAAAUGGAUGCUCUUUCCGGUUGCAUGGAAGUGAGCAAGUCCUGAAAUACUAGUCCGAGUUAGUAACACCUCGCUCAGGAUACACACGAACCGCACAUUCUCUCUCGCUCACUUCUUCCUUAACGUCCGUGUGUAGUUUAGUACGAGGUAAAAACAAAGGAUUUCAACCAAUAUCAAUUCAUUUCUUGCAAACCAAUCCUUUCUCCACUAGUUAACAAGAGCAAUUUAAACGUUAGUGUAUUAAUAUUAAGUAAAAACUAACGCUCCCAGUUCAGUGCCGAAGGAAGAAGGAGAAAAGGCGAACAAAGCUAGGGCCUGAAGGGUUCGUAGUUCAUGUUACAUGGCAAUCUUUGAAUACCCGUGUUUUCCCCCCCAAGCUAGUAUGUAAGGCAACGUACGGUAUUUCAUACAGUAAGAUAAAAUGUGUAGCUUAAUGUUUUUUGUAACUUUACCCAGGGAAGAAAAUGAUAACGGGCAUACGUACUAGGUGUUAUAUCUAUCGGUGUGUGUCUGUGUGCGUUUGUUUUCUACAGUAUUUAGUAUAACGUUCUUUAUUUCUAUCGCUCACCUGAAAAGACUUAUUAGCUGUGUUAGGAUUGUUUUUCCUCUUACCUUGGUUUUUCCCUUCCCCCUCUCAUCUUGUUAGGAUUAUAUAAUUUGAAACUGUGAUAUUGUGAGUAGAGCCAGCAAAAGAGGAAAUACACAAAACCCGGUCACAAAUGACAAAACUUAACGCUCAAAUAUAAAUGCAUAAUUUCUAAUACAAACCUUUCACAAAUGCAAACCCGAAACC